UGUUCGUUGUUUGGCGCCGUGGUGCAAAUUACAAUGCCAAUAUGCAAAUGGCUUCCAAGCAAUUGCGGCGCAUUUGCAGCCAGCUUGGUCGGAAUGCAUUGAAGGUUGGAAUUGCCGGAUUCGGCGGAGUUGCAGCUUUGAAAGUUGCUUGCCCACCCGAGCCGCUGGAUGCUUGGUGCCGGAGACGUACGGUCUCCUUUGUGCAGCCCGAGGAAGUGCAGAGCGAGCGCGAAGCCUUGGAGCUAUUGGCAGAGGUGGCAGGCGUAGGGCCGCGCCAGCUCAACGCAGUGCUGCGCUGCUUCUGGAGCGGCGUGGAGCAGUGGGCCGAGGCCAUUGCAAAGCUUCCCGAGGAGGCGAAGAGGCCGCUGGCCCAGCAGGUGGUGCAAAAGGCCCGGGCUUCAGGGCUGCUGCCUGAGGUGGACCAAAUUGACGCGGCCGUGUCGUCAGCAAGGCCCAGACCGGAGACCCGGCGCACCUAUGGUGUUGAUGUGGGUGGCGAUUCGCCUAUGUAUGCAGGGACAGAUGCGGCUCGACUUCUUGGCGAUGAUUUGGAGCGUGCCCUCGAGCAGUUGCGUGAGGAUGGCAUCGUUCUAGUGUCAGCGCCGGACGUGAUGCACGGGCUCCGGAAGUUGCUGCAUUUGCCGCCGGCGGGGCGGCCUGUGAGGGAGGUGCCCAGUGCUGAGGUGCUGAGCGCCUCGGGCGCUGCGGCCCCGCAGACGCCCUCCGUGGGGCGAAGGCACUUCCUGCUGCGGGGCUCGGAGGUGGCGGAGCAGGCGGUGGUGCCGCUGCUGACGCCUCUCCUGCCGCUUUGCUGGCGGUAUUUCGUGGAGAAUCGGCCCGAUGCCUCGCCAGGCUGUCUUGCAGAUCAAGAAGCUUGCAGCCGCGUAUACCUCUCCGAGUGCCAGCUCUUGGUGUCGGACCCUGGGGCGGUUCACCAGAUCUGGCAUUGCGACAACUUGAGGCCAGGCCUCACGGUGAUUUUGCCGCUCACGGAGGUGGAUGAGGAGCUGGGGCCCACACAUUUGCUCCCAGGGACGCAUCACCUUGGAGGUGCCAAAGUCGGCUCGGCCCUCGGCAGCCUGCGGAGGGCCGGGGGCGCAAUAGCUGCGCCGCUGGUGCCGGGACAGGCUUUGAUCUACGAUGCGCGACUGAUGCACCGGGGUCUGGGGAACAGCUCCUACAACCGAUGCCGAGUGGUGGUGGUGAUGCGCCUCGACAUGCUGGACACUCCGCCGCCUGGCGCGACGGUUGUCCAAACCGCCAUGGUGCGAGCGCUGGGUCAAGCCCUUGGUGGACUGAGCUACCUGUAUCGCUUUCUGCCAGCACGGAGCUGAACAUCAGGG